GUCAGUGGCGUAGCUAAUAACUGAUGGAUGUAAAUGGAUGGUUAGCUCGGAGCUUUUACCUCCAGGUGUGUGUGCUGGUAAAGCAGCAGUCGGGAGUGAUGGAGUGGUUAUAGGUAAGACCGGUGUUGGUGGAAACAGAAAUGAUCUUUACAACCGUCUGACCUGAAGAGAAACAACACAGACAGCCCAGGGCUGCAGAUGGAGAAUGGAGACCUGGGUCACAUGGUGUGCGAGUAUGGGGGAGCCUGUGACUCUGAAUGUGGGCGGCUGUGUGUACAGCACGUCUCUGUCCACGCUGCAGCGCUACCCAGACUCGAUGCUGGGAGCCAUGUUCAGAGGCGACCUCCCCACCGUCAGGGACGCACACGGAAACUACUUCAUUGACCGCGACGGCCUGCUGUUUCGCUAUAUCCUCAACUUCCUGCGGACGUCCGAGCUGACGCUGCCAUGCGACUUCAAGGAGACUGAGCUGCUCAGGAAGGAGGCCGACUUCUAUCAGAUCGAGCCCCUGAUCCAGUGCCUGGGAGACCCCAAACCCAUGCUGCCCUACCCCACUGACACCUACGAAGAGGUGGUGGAGCUGUCCAGCACCAGGAAGCUGUCCAAGUACUCCAACCCUGUCGCAGUCAUCAUCACCCAGCUCACCAUCACCACCAAGGUCCACGCAGUGUUGCAGUCCAUCUCCAGCAGUUUCACAAAGUGGAACAAACACAUGAUGGACACGAGAGACUACCAGGUGUCCUUCACCUUCGGACCAUGUGACCAUCAACAGGAAGUCAGCCUGCGUGUCCACCUGCUCGACUUCAUCUCCAAAGCUGGUUUCACAAUACGCAACACGCGUGUUCACCACAUGAGCGAACGGGCCAAUGAGAACACAGUGGAACAUCACUGGACGUUCUGCCGACGAGCUCACAAAGUCAACGACUGACUGAUGGACUCAUUGACGGAUGGAAGAUGUGAUGGGGUGUAUGCAGACAGACAGAGACUUGUUGUUGGUGGUUUUGUUGUUAUGUGUUAAUGUUUUGUAUGACGUGUGUUCGUUUUGAGUCAUUCCCUCAUUCUCGUCAGACUUAAAGCAGGAGGUGAGGUUCACAUAAGGAUAGCACACUAGCCACAUGUGGUACAUUAUCAUAUAUUACCGUAGCUUUAUCAUAGACUCUAAAUGACCAAAAGUAUGUGGACAGCCCUCCAGUCUUAAUGCUACAGAAUACAAUGAUGUUUUAGACAUUAAUGUGCUUUCACCUUUGUGUCAGAAGUUUGAGGAAGUUGCUUUCUUGUUUCAACAUGAUGAUCCUGCUGUGCACAAAGCCAGCUCUGUAAAAAAAAAUGGCUUUCUAAGUUUGGUGUGGAAGAACAUGACUAACCUGCACGUAGCCCUGACCUCAAAACCAUCCAACCAUCCAUUUGGAAUGAACUGGAACACCGACUGGGAGCCUGACCUGAUCACUAACAUCAGUUUUGGAGCUCACUGAUGCUCUUGUGGCUGAAUGGGGGAAAAAAGUUUUCAGCCAGGUUCAACCUCUGGUGGAAAGAAUAAUACCCAUGGGUUUGGAAUCACAUGUUCAAUUAUCACGUACUGUAUAGCUGCAGUGUUCUGGUAAAAGUAAAAUGUUUUUGACCACAUAAUGUAUGGUAGCUACAUUUCUGACAUAUCAGCAUUAUCACAAAUCUGUUGUUCGCCAAUGACCAGUAAUUGAUAGCAAUUGCAAAUAAAAGAAUCUGGACAAUUAA